AAACUUCGUUUAUAUUGACAUCAUCCUUCUGGGAAGAUUAACUUUUGUCUGUAUAAAAACAGUGAUGACCGUACAACGACCUUAACUAGGGUCGACUCAAACGUGCCAAUGAGAUACGAAGGCAAAAGGAAAGUGUAAUCGACUGGAAGUGGUUAGAUCCGUCGGCGAGGCUUCAGUUCGUCUUAAAACGCCUACGUAGCUCCUCCGCGCUCGCUAUUUUAUUACGUCGAAGAACAGAACCAUUCUGGAAACCGUUAUAAUCGACGGACAACCAUGAAAAUCAAAAACAUAUCCACCAUUUUCUUGAUACUCGGAUUAUCUCUGAUAUUCGUUGGUGACGUAGAGGCAGGAUGGAAGUUUUGGAAAAAAGAUAAAACCACGACCACAACAGUUGCUCCGACUAUCGCAAGCUCUGAACCGACAAAAGAAAACAUCCCGCCAGGUGCAACACCUGUGACGAAUAAACCUCCAGGAAGUCCAACUAACGUUGGAUCGGCUGUACUUGGGGCAGGUGAUCCAGGAUUAGCGAUUGGAGUUACUUCAACUGGGGGGAAGAUAAAAGAGAAUGCUAGACCAAACAAACCUAGUCCAGGAACAGAAGUAGGCCUCGAUAUUGCGGUUCCAAAACCGGCGAAACCAGGAAUCGGUGGUAACACUGGUCAAGGAUACAGAGACUGGGCUGUGGAUCUUGCUGGAGCUGGAGAACCCGGGAAACAGAGCCCGAAAUUACCUACUCAAGGACCAGCUUUAAGUGGUGGAGGCGCCAAACCAGUUUCGACGCCAGGAAGCGUUCCAUCGCAGGUUCCACCGCCAGGUGCUAAACCAGUUGGUACUCCCGGAAGCACUCCAUCAUCACGACCUCAACAACCUCAGCCUCAACCUCAACCUCAACCUCAACCUCAACCACAGCCUCGCCCACAGACACCAGGGACGCCUACACCAUCUCCCAGGCCAGGUGUUGCACCAGGACAACCUCAACCAUCCCCCAAUCAACCUGGAGGUAAUCAAGUAUCUACAUUGAACGUAGGUACAUUAAAACCCAGUGCUGCAACAACUCCAGCACCUUCUAGACCAGGAAGUCCUGGAUCACCCAGUCAACCAGGAAGGACCUGGGCCGACGUUGCUGGUACUGGUAGCAAACCCAAUUCUCCUACAACUGCUCCAAAACAACCAGGUUAUCCAAGUCAACCUAGUUACCCAAGUCAACCAGGUGUACCUCAGCCAAGACCCCAAACACCGACUCAACCGGGAAGAUCAGGACCAUCCGGAGGAGGAAUAGCAGGAGGUGCAAUCGCAGGUGGAGCAUUAGCUGGUGCAGCUGUAGCUGGAGCAGCUGCUGCAAAUAAGAAAACUUACUCCAGUAAUCCUACCUAUAGUAAAGGAAACACCAUCACGGAUGAAGACUUGGAGAAGUUAUCCGAGUCUCUGCUGAUCAAGGAUAACAACAACGCAAACAGAUAUAUUACGCUAAAUUUACAGAAACAGACAACUAGCAGCAGUACAACAGACGAUGCGUCACAACCAUUGUUCACGGUGACCGCAAAUGCGUACCAAGUUCCCACAGUUGAAAGAGUGAUAUCUAUCUAUGACAAUUACAAACCGGAAACUAAUGUAAAUGAGCACAUAAGCCCGUUACAAAGACAGGAAGAGAGUUUACUGGUAGACACGUUCCUUAGCACAAACGUAAUGUCCUCUGCUAUGAAAUUUCUAGCGGACAAAGGGCACAUCCGAAAGGAUUACUAUGACUAUAAAGACACAUUAAGAAAAAUAUGGUUUAAUCUAUUCUCUCGAGGACAAGGAAAGAUUGGUAGCUCGGGUUUCGAACAUGUUUUCAUGGCCGAACUUAAAAAUGCACCAACUGGUACUGAAGUGGUCGGUUUACAUAAUUGGAUUUAUUAUAGCAAAGAGGAAAGCAGCGGAAAAGCAAAUUAUAAUGGAUACUUAAAAAAAGUCGACCUUGGAGAUAAAGGUUCCAUCGUCAAAAUACGGACGAAGUAUAGCGGGUAUGAUAAACCAGUGACGACUAUAUUCGUGGGUACUUCGCCUGAAUUAGAGAUGGCACUGUAUACAGUAUGUUUCUAUGCCAGACCGGAUGGAAAUUGUCCGGUUUCUCUUGGAGGAACGAGGUUCAACAUCGUCACCCAUAAAUUUAAAUAUAGAGGAAACGACUUGAUAGGAACAGCCUAUCCAGAAAUAUAAGUUUAUCAGGAUGAAUUUGUUUAUACUUCUGAUAAAAUAGAAUACGUAACUUCUUGAUAUGUUCGAAAGAGGGCAAUAAAAAAAUGACAUUAAUACUAAUGUGAUAUAGGAAAAUAAUAACAAAAAUGACAGGUAAUACUA